AUGGACACUCCAGUGGACAUCGCCACGUCAUGGACAGCUCCCGCAUUCAGUGACCUGAAUAUCAGCGGCUGCAGUGCCAUGGUGGAAUACUAUGCCGGCAGUAUUUUAGUUCUGGACCAGGUGGACGAGGGGGACUUUUCGACCAAGUCAAAGGUUGGAGAUGUAGGAAUUAUACUGAACUUUCUAGAUCACUUGGUCCCGGACAACUGGCCAAACCGCAGCCGCGAAAAUCCUGCGUAUGCGCCGAACCUCAUGGCUUGGUACAACGACGUAUGGAGCAACCAAACAUAUUUCGAAACAGCCGAAUACAACUCCGUGUUGAAAAAAACAUUCAGUCUGGCAUUGGACUGCAAUUAUACGAUCUGCGACAAGCUAAACGUUAGGGGUGACCCAGAUAUCUCUGGAAGAGGCAUGCUAGUUACUUAUUGUCUUGCGGCCUUUCGAGUAUCUGUCAAUAGUUUCUUGGAUGCUGCACUCAUCUUCGCCGCCUCAAUGCUUGGAGCCGCACUCGCCCGUUUCAGUGUUAUAUACGAGCCCGACAUCGCAAGCCUCUCGCAGUGGCGCUUCCUCAGGUUGUUUCUCUGGACCCUUGUCAUUGCUCUUUCUAUUGCAGUCAAGGUAAUCUGCGUAAGCACGCUCGACGACAUCCUCCCGAGGGGCGGGAAUGAUUACGACAUGAUUCUGAGUCGGCUGCGCAAGACCGGGUUUCCCCGCGCUUCAAUAUGGCAAUCGGUCUGUGACGACACUUCUCUCACCACCCGCAUGCGAGACCUCAUUACCGUCGGGCACAUUAUACAAGGUCCAGAGAACGGGAAAAGCAUAUCAAAAGACUCUACCUCACUACUGAAGUACUGGGGGCGGAUAUCAUCUGUCUUACGCACCUUGAUGGGAGCUAUCUACACUGUGGCGAUGUGGGUCUUUAUAUACUAUGUUAUGGAGUAUAGAGACCUUGUGAAACUCCGGGCACCAAGUACUGAUGAAGAUUCCGAAUGGAGUUUUGGCCAAGUCCUUGCGUUGGGGCAAUGGAUUCCGACUGUCUUGGCGUUCAUCGUUACCAUGAAAUUGGGUGAAGAACAGGAGAUGAACGAAAGAUUGAUGCCAGGAUAUGAGGUCGUCAAGACAAAUGAGGCUGAUGGGAAUGAGCGCACAAAUCACCUCGAGGAGGUUCGAGCGAGGGAAACUGUUUAA